GUGUACACAACGAACGUACUCUGUGUCCUCUCAUGGGAUGCAAACUAGCUCUGGUAAAUACAACGGCCUUUAAUUGCUUAUUUAUUCCCAUUCGCUGUUAUUAUAGAAAACAACAUUAAGUAGCAUUUGUAAGAAUUAUUGUGAUAUGACGAUAAUGUGUCUGGGUGUGGAAUACUGGCGCUGUGGUGGUUUGUUUAGGUUCGCUCGCUAGCUAGUGCUUCCUUGGUGUUCAUUAGCUUAGCCCCAGUGGAAACAAACACCGACUGCUCAGGAGUGGAUUAAACUGCUACUCCGACCGUCUCAAACAAUGAAGUCUGGUGUUCCUGUAGCAGAAACAAGCUGGUGAACUUGCUGGCUAACGGUAACAUCGACCCUCCUGAAUAGCUACCAGACACUUCCACCCUUCCUUGCUUCCUUCCUAGUUUCCUUGCCCUGCCUCGGGAACACCAACUGCCUUUUUCAAUGAUCACUAUGGAGUCGGCCCUGAAUCCGCUGCCACACUUCACAGAAAACACCUAUAAAAUGACAGAGGAGGAUGUGAAGCGGCUGAUUGAGUUUCGGGCAUCCAAUGAAGCUCUCUUCACUGGGAAAAGGAACUCAGCAAAGAUAGCGUGGAGCACAAUUUUAAAAGGCCUGGGCCUCGAGGAGAAGUUGACAGCAGACCAGAUUGCCAAAAAAUGGGACAACCUGCGGACAAAAUACAAGGACCUGAAACAGCCGUAUCAGGGCCAGGACAACUUAGCAGGCAUUGUAGAGUCGUGGCCGUGGUUCCACAUCAUGGAUGAAGCCAUGCAGGGUCGACUGUAUAACAAUAACCUGGUGUUGUGCCCAGAGACUGGCACUGUUGCUGGUAACUGCAGCAAUGGGCAGCCCAACCACAACCAGGAGAACACAGACAUCCUGGAGUUUCUCAUCAAAACAGAGAUGGAGGAUACUGUGGCUGCAGAACACACAGAGGAUGAUGUCACUGUUCACACAGAUGCUCCUCCCACUGAGGUUGUCCCAAUGGGCUGGAGAAGGAUGACUGAAUGCUCUUACAAAAUGACAGAGCCAGAAACAGAAAGGAUGAUCAAGCUUCGAGCUGCAAAUGAAGCACUUUUCACAGGGAGAAAACAUUCAGCCAAACCGGCCUGGAGAGCCAUUCUGUAUGAGCUUGGUCUCCAGGGGAAGUUGACCACUGACCAGUUAGCCAAGAAGUGGGACAAUCUAAAGAGGAGAUAUAAGGAGUUGAAGUUUCCUACUCGUGGUGUUGAGACCAACCCAAGUUCCUGGCCCUGGUUUUAUAGAAUGAAUGAUGCCAUGGAGGGUCGUUUUGCUGGCGCAGCACCUAUCCUUACGCCCAUUGUAGCAGAAGAAGAUGAGGAAUGUGAGCCAUUGUCACCGACGCCCAAAAAACGAGCCCGCCGGAGCCGAGGGGGUAUGACUGAGUUCCUUACAGAGUCUGAGAUGGACCUGCUGGUUGACAAUGAAGAGAAAAAUGGAUCCACAGUUCUGGGAGAUUUGCAUCGGAUGUCGGAGUUAACCUACAAAUUGACAGAGGAAGACAUCAAGCGGCUGAUUGAGUUGCGAGCGUCUAAUGAAUCUCUGUUUACUGGGAGGAGAAACACUGCCAAACCGGCUUGGAGGGGAAUAGUGAAGGAGAUGGGGUUAACUGGGAAGAUAACCCCCGACCAAGUCGCAAAGAAAUGGGACAACCUGAAGACUAAAUUUAAGGACCUGAAGUUUCCUCCUCGAGGAAUGGAGGGUCAGACAAACCCUGCUUCCUGGCCCUGGUUUCAGCUAAUGAGUGAUGCUCUAGAGGGGCGACUGGCGAGUAAAGCUCCCAGAGUGACACCUGUCUGGACCAGCGAGGAGGAUGGAGUUUUUCAGUUCUUCUCCGCCUCCCGACAGAGGACUGUAUUUUAGCUGAGAGGAGCAGUGUAUCAGAGCUGGAGAGCAUGGUGGGUGGAGGAAAAUAGCGAGUCUGAAGGGAAUAUUACCUACAUCGAUGCCUAGUGGCGAGGAAUGCUCAACACCCUCAGACCUCUCUUAUAAAAUGACAGACCAGGACACCCGGAAGAUGAUUAGCCUAGAGCUGCUAACGAGGCACUGUUCACUGGGAGAAGAAAUGCUGCUAAAGCCGCCUGGAAAGCCAUUCUGAAAGAGCUCGGGCUACAGGGAAAGAUUUCAACACACCAGAUGGCAA